UGAGGGGGUCACCAAUCCCACUAUCCAUUUCUGUGGAGCUGAUGGGGGGGUUCCCCCCCAGCCAAGAGCCGGUGCUGGGGCGUCCGUGGGGCAGAGGGGAGUGGGAAAGGGGGGUCCGGGGUGGCCCCCUGAGCUCCCAACCUGCUGGGGGUGGCUGGGGGAUGAUGGGGGGAACGGGGCACCCCCUGACCCGUGUCCUGCACACACAGGGGUGUUCCAGAUGAUGGCAAAGGCCAAGUGUCACUUCAUCAACGGCACUGAGCGGGUGAGGCUCGUGCACAGGUCCAUCUACAACCGGGAGCAGUAAGUGCACUUCGACAGCGACGUGGGGGUCUUUGUGGGGGACACCCCCGAAGGGGAGUUCUGGGCCAGGAAAUGGAACAGCGACCCGGAAUGAAUGGAGGAACAACGAUCUGCGGUGGACAGGUACUGCCGGCUAAACUACGAAUUGUCUACCCCGUUCACUGUGAACCGCAGAGUGCCCCCCAGCGUGUCCAUCUCACUGGUGCCAUCAAACUCCCAGCCCAGCCCCGGCCGCCUGCUCU